UUGACCUUUAAGAUCCGGUCUUUUUCAGCAUUAAAAUGGCUGCCUCCAUCAGAACAUGUUACCGUGCUAGGUCAACUUUCAAUAGUGUUCAUCUUCUGAAACUUAAGCUAAAAAAUGAUUCAUUACGAUGUGUUCCUUUGUACGUGUCAAGUAAAAGAGAUCUAUUUGUUGCAUCCCCCGCACAAAAGUUAAAUGUGAAAAAUGGUAACAUCAUUUUACCAUUCACAUCUCAAAGGUGUACACAGCGAUCAUUUCUGACCUCAAUCAGGCUACACACAACACAAGAGGGUGUGAAAGAUGAAGCAGAAGAUGACUAUCAUUCCAUCAUCAAAGAUACAGAAAGAGGCAAAGGUCCUGCAGAUGUUCAUGAGUUUCAGGCAGAGACGAGAAAACUCUUAGACAUUGUUGCCAAGUCCCUGUACUCCGAGAAAGAAGUUUUUAUUAGGGAGUUGAUUUCCAACUCAAGUGAUGCCAUAGAAAAGCUGCGCUACUACCAGCUGACAGGCGCUGAAGUGGGUGACCAGGUUGGCCCACUAGAGAUCCACAUAGCCACCAACGAUGAUAAAAAGACAUUCACUAUCCAGGACACAGGAGUUGGGCUUACUAAAGAAGAACUUAUUGAUAAUCUUGGCACUAUUGCCCGUUCUGGGUCCAAGGCAUUUUUAGACCAGUUGUCUGAGAAAGCUUCUGCCGGCGAUGUCAAGAGUAAUUUGAUUGGUCAAUUUGGUGUUGGCUUUUAUUCAACAUUCAUGGUUGGUGACAAAGUGGAUGUUUACACAAAGUCUUUCAAGCCUGGCUCUGCAGCCUACAAGUGGUCCUCUGAUGGAUCAGGGAAAUACGAAAUCACAGACGCUGAAGGAGUGGACAGAGGCACCAAGAUUGUCAUCCAUCUCAAAGGAGAUUGUUAUCAAUUUGCCAAAGAAGAAGUCAUUAAAGAGAUUGUCAAGAAGUACAGUAACUUUGUUGGUGUCCCUAUCUUUUUGAAUGGCAAGCGUGCCAACAUCAUACAGGCCUUGUGGACAAUGGAUCCCAAAGAUGUUACCCCAGAUAUGCACGAAGAGUUCUACAGGUUUAUAGGCAAUGUUUAUGACAAGCCACGUUACCAUCUUCAUUACAAGACAGAUGCUCCAUUAAACAUUAGAGCACUCUUCUAUGUCCCUGAAUAUAAACCAACUAUGUUUGAUAUGAGCAGGGAGACAGAGGUCGGUGUAUCGCUUUACAGCAGAAAAGUUUUAAUUCUUGCCAGGGCUAACCAUGUCCUCCCUAAGUGGUUGAGGUUUGUGAAAGGAGUGGUUGACAGUGAAGAUAUACCAUUAAACUUGAGCAGAGAGUUACUUCAAGACAGUGCACUUAUCAGGAAAUUAAGACAGGUGUUGACCACAAGGCUUCUCAAGUUUUUCUCAGAACAAGCCAAGAAAGAUCCUAUAAAUUACAUGUCAUUCUAUGAGGACUAUGGUCUGUUCUUUAGAGAAGGCAUUGUGACAACAGGAGAGCAGGAAGUUCGAGAGGACAUAGCUAAACUAUUAAGAUUUGAGUCAUCAAAACUUGAGAAAGGCCAGUUUACUAGCCUUGAGGAGUAUGCUCAGAGAAUGAAGGCAGGGGAGAGAAACAUAUAUUUCCUGUCAGCGCCAAGUCGACAGUUGGCAGAGACUUCCCCCUAUUUUGAAGCUUUGAAAAAACGAGACAUUGAAGUGUUGUUCUUGUAUGAACCUUAUGAUGAACUUGUGUUGAUGAAUCUAGGUCAGUUUGACCGCAAGAAUCUCAAGUCCAUAGAGAAUGAGCUGUAUGAAGACAAAGAAAACACAGACACUGUUGAUGAGAAAGAUGAGAAAAGUUUGAAGCAGUCUGAGGCAGAGGAUCUCAAAGUUUGGCUCAAGUCUGUGCUUUUAAAUAAAGUGAACAACAUCAAGAUAACCAAAAGACUCGAAAGUCAUCCCUGUGUUAUAACUGUGAUGGAAAUGGGCUCUGCCAGACAUUUCCUGAGGACCACUCUUGCAGACAAAAGUCAAGAUGAGAGACUUCGUCUGCUUCAACCAACAUUAGAAUUAAACCCAAGUCAUCCACUGGUAGUGAAAUUGUUCCAACUUAAAGGAUCUGAUCCAGAAUUGGCAACACUCCUUGCAGAACAGCUGUAUGACAAUGCUAUGAUUAAUGCUGGACUCAUUGAUGACCCAAGGUUAGGAAUGUCAAGACUCCAGUCACUGUUAGAAAGAGCUUUCGCCAAGAUUUAGUCACAUUGUGACAAGGAACAUGAUCAGGGGAUGGGGGGGGAUUUCAUUGUCAUUAUUUUUGUGUCACUUUUGUUAAAGGUCAUGAUCAUUUGAAAUGUUUGUUUGUUUUUUUCAAUUAUUAUUUAUAGAAAUGUACUAAAUGUAGUUGUUUAAUAAAAGUGAUUCAUGGACAUUUUUAAAAAA